GUUCACCAUGCAGCAACCUGGUAGUAAUAUCGCUCCCAACGCCCACCACUCACCACCUUCCUUGGCUCGUGCUGGGGCUAGAGCUAACUGGUCCCGCUCCGGCCACCACCUCGCCAUGCUCUCCGGCCAAUCACGUCGCCCCCGCCGUGUGAAGGCCCUCGCCAUCCCUGCACCUGGCUCCCAGGGCAUCUUCAGCGACAACACCAGCCACGAAACAAAACUAAGUUCAAUUAGGGUGGACAAGUUCUUCGAAGUGGAGAUGACCGUCCGUGACAGUGAUCUUGACCAGUAUGGAGUCGUUAACAACGCCAUUUAUGUUGCUUACAUCCACAAUGCUCGAGAGAAGCUGGCUGCGAGCAUUGGCUUCAGCAUGGCCUCCGUAGCACACACAGGCAACGCGAUGGCACUCUUGGAACUGAACCUCAAGUACUUCAAGCCUCUACUGCGAGGUACCAAAUUUGUCGUCAAGGUGAGGGUUGUCCAGAUAAAGGGUGUGAGGAUACUUGUUGAACACUUCAUGGAGACACUAUCGGAUCGUGAGCUUGUUUUGGAAGCGAUAGCGACCGUCGUCUGCCUCAACAAGGACUACCGUCCGACCCGCGUCUUCCCGGAGGUGUCAUCCAAGCUGCAGCAGUUCUUCUCAACCUAGGACGGCUAGCGUGAAGAUCAGCUUACAAGAUAUCUUAUGUGUGCUUAUAUGGCUCUCAAAUGAAUAAAAGUGCAUUUACAUUACGUGGCGUACUGGCGUGUGGGAGGCUCUCCAAAAGAAAAAUCAUUGUUGGUUCUAGGCCAAAGUUUCAUUAGUCCCGUGCUCAUGCAUGGAGCUACGUAGAAGCUGAAGGUAACUGAAACAACACCUCAGUUGUCGCUAGGUCCAACGAA